AUGCUCUGUGUCUGGACAAAGAAGCCGUGGAAGUGGUCAGUAUUCAAGUGGCCUAUGCCCACGUAUGAUUAUGAAGCGUACGCGAUAAAGGACCUCAUGCACUUUGCGAACACGCUCAUAACGAAGCCCGUCGACACGGCGAACACGAAGCUCGAGUUUGUCACCCUGCGAAUCUUUCCGUUCCGCAAACAAACCAGUGUUUUUCUACAUGAGCUUCGUGCUUUACCCCCAAAGAAGAUGAGGUUUGCGAACAUUGAACUUCCAAAGAGCGAUGAUUGGGUCCAGAGGCAGCGUCAAAAGGGACUCUUCAAGAGAUUUUACGAGGCGAUCAGUGAGCCUAGGUUCAAGUUCUUUGUCAAAGAAGGCCGUUCAUACACGAUGAAGACUGGGGUACCUGGGGUCUGGGAAGAGGUGGCGAAGCGGAUCCAACAACAAACUCUUGAUGCGAGUCGCCUCUUGGAGACGCCAGCGAAGAAGACUAGGACGAGUGCAGAUGAAGAUCAAGAGGCAGACAGCAAGACAAGUGAAGAGAUGAUGACAGCACGUGUAGAGUAA